UAACACUGAUAAUGAUUCGUCUACUAAUAAUACUUAACUUGAUAAAUCUUUAUUUGCCUCAAGGAUCGAAGACAUGAUUACAAGCAGUAACAGUUAGUUCGCGGUGCGCGUAUGUUGACCGAUGUUCCGGCUUCGAGAAUCUUCGAACUAAUGCCGUUGUGCUGUAUAAGCAGCAAAUUGUUUGAGUUUUUUAUUUGACGAAUACUCACAAAACUUUUUGUUAUCAUCGCAUUUAUUUGUAUUCAUUAGUUUACUAUUCGUGUUUUUUCGUUGUUUUUAAUGGAGAAAAUGUUGAUAAGGACUAGACAGAACGUGCGCAAAACUAGUGUAGCGACGAAAGUCAGAGUGAUAUUGUUUUUCGGCAUACCGACAUUAUAUUUCGUGUAUUUGUUAACAAUCUCGAAAUUGAAAUUCUUUGAAGAAAUUUUACAAAGUGGUUCAGAAACAGGGCAGGGGUUUGUGCUUCGGAAACUGCUCGGAAUUCUGGAGAAUGGGAGAAACUGCACGCCGGCUGCCAUCCUGGAGUUCCCUCCCGACGGACUCAGUCGGAUGCAGAGACAACAAGGCUUCAUUCUGGUGCACUGCGUCCUGGCCGUAUACUGCUUCCUGCUUCUCGGCACGGUGUGCGAACAAUACUUCGUGCCGGCGAUCGACAUGAUAUGCGACCGAUUAACCAUGGAGCCAGACAUAGCCGGCGCGACAUUUAUGGCGGCGGCUAGCUCAAGCCCGGAACUGUUCAUCAACUGUGUGGGCACCUUCGUUACCAAGGGCGACUUGGGGGUUGGUGCCGUGGUGGGUUCAGCUGUCUUCAACGUGCUGGCCGUGCCUGCCUGCUGCGCUUUCUUCGCUGGCAGAGUGAUCAAUCUGGACUGGUGGUCCAUCUCCCGGGACUGCCUCAUGUAUGCGGUGGCGGUGGUCACACUCAUCCUGACGCUGCUAGAUGACCGGGUCUACUGGCAUGAGGCCUUGCUGCUCGUUCUCAUGUACACCUUGUAUAUAUUGACAAUGGUUUUCAACGGUCGCUUGGGUUCUUUCGUGAGAGGUGGCUGCUGUAUUUUUAAGAAGCCCAAAAUAUACACAGAAAUCACACCAUUACUUAUAAAAGAAAAACAAAAUGGUCUGGAUGCAUUGCGGCACCUGUCAGAAAAGCAAAAUGUAGACGCAGCGCAACGCAUGAGUCGUGUCAACCACAACCAAAAUGAUCUGGAGAUUGGCAUGGAGAUGACACGGCGUCACGACUCAACGGGAUCUGACGCCAGCAGUGAAAGUUCCGUGUGGUCGUGGCCAGAUGAGAAGACUUCGAUCGCUAAGAAAUUCCUCUGGCUGCUGACGUGGCCGAUCAGCCUACUGCUCUGGGUGACCAUCCCUGACUGCCGCCGGCACCCCUCACUGUACCCUCUCACCUUCAUUAUGUGCAUCACGUGGAUCGGAGGUGUCUCCUACUUGGUCGCUUGGAUUAUCACUAUACUAGGUGACACGUUGAAUUUACCGGACAGCAUUACCGGACUCACUAUUCUGGCCGCAGGCACUAGUCUCCCGGAAGCUGUUUCCAGUGUGCUGGUAACCAAACACGGUAACGGUACGAUGGGAAUCAGUAAUUCCAUCGGCUCUAACACCUUCGAUAUCCUGCUGUGCUUAGGGCUACCUUGGCUAGUGAAAGCAUUGUUCUACCCGGGCACGCCUGGCAAUCACUAUGUAGCAAUGAACUCGAGCGGGAUAUCAUAUAGCGCUAUCUCUCUGCUAUCCACGCUGUUCGCGUUGUACGGGACCUUGGCCCUGAACAAGUUUCAACUGGACUGGCGCGUCGGCGUCACCUGUAGCGUGGUCUACGUGGGCUUCGUCAUCUUCGCCACGCUCCUCGAGAUGAACGUCUUCUUCGUAGUCAAUCUCCCGACGUGCUUUCACUGACAAAUCGCAUGACAGUGAUUGGCUGGGAACAAGUUGAGGAGGAGACUUUGGGAUUUCGUCUCUAUAGUGGCAGUAUCGCGUGGGCGUGAGCUGACGACGCGAUCAAAAUCAUAACAACAAAUUAUAUUAGGAAGAUUUUAUAUUUGAUGUUAGUACUAUAUAUAAGUGUGUAUUACUUGUCCCACUUUUGAGCAAAAGCCUCCUCUCUCUCUUUCCACCAGUUCAAUCAGUCGAAUGCCCUAAGCUCAUCCGACCAUCUAGCAUAAUAUAUUAUUAUGUUAUAAAAAUUAUUUGAUUCAUGUGGAACAUUUGCUGUUUACUUAAUUUCGCAUGUAGCCAGUUAAUAACUGUUUUAAAGUGAUAGAAUUCGUUGAGACCCAGGGCAUAAACGAAAUAGAUAAUUAUAGGUACUUAUAAAACAGAAAUGGUUAUAUCAGUGAAAGACUCACACCAAUGUCCACGAAUUUUGCUAUGUAGUAAAAUUCGUGGACAUUGAUGACAAAAAUAAUGUGGUGUCAUGCUUUUUAGUAGGUAUAUGCUUAGAUUACAGAAAGAAAAAUAUUGUCGGACUGCUACAAUUUUUGUGUAUUAUGUUCACAUUCUUUAACAGUGUAUUUCAACAGUUAUUGUCUAAUUAAAAUAUAUCAUUUCCCAUACAAUAUAAAGACCAAUGUUAGUCAAUGUAAGUACUUAAUUAUACAUCACAUUAUCGAAUACCCACUGUCAUCGUCAUCAGUAUUAUUACGUUUAUCAUUAAUGUAUUUUACAUCUCUCAUGUUCGGUAAGUAGGUACUUAUUACCCCCAAAUGGGGCUUAUAAGUGACCAAUUAGCGCUCUAGAGUAAUAAUGUAGCUAGAAAGGCUAUUUAAAAAAAAAGCGCUUCACUCUUUCAAAAGGUUCGCGUACAUCUAACCAUCAUAAUGGCAAUAGACAUCAUGCAUUCAGCCCAAUGGCCAAAGAGGUCGCUUCACUAUUCAGCCUAGUCUUCGUAAGAAUAUAAUAGCAUGGAUUUAUUAAGUACUUCGUACAACGGUGUACCUACUAAUUCUAAUAAGGUAUCGAACAGCGAAGCUCAAUUUCGUUGUAGAAAAAAAAAUUAAAUGUUAUUUACUUGGUUCUUUUUAAUGAAAAAAGGCGAGAAUAGAAAAGUUUUACUUUAAAUACCUAUUGUUUGUUUUUGGGAUUUUUUUAUAAUACGUGCUAAUUAGGAAAAAGCAAUUCUUGUAAUGCCGAUUUUUUUCUACUUACCUCACAAUAGAGAUGUAAAGCAGAGUAGUUAGCUCGGGUGUAAGCAUCAAUUGCACCCUCGAACUAUAUAGGUCGGGCUAAUCUACUAUUAAACAGAAGAUUAAUACAAAACUAUAUAAGAUAAAUACGGUGACAACAAAUCAACAUUAUUAAGUCGACAAAUGUUAUUAAUCGACUGCUUAAUAGAAACUUAAUUGUCAAGGUCUGAUAGAAAUAGGAUUUCAUUAGGAAGCAAAUAAAAUUUAAGAUUUAGAUAGGUACCUACGUAAAUACGUUUAAUAAUACGUACGCAUUAUUAAACGUAUUUUGUGCAAUAAAAAUAUAAUUUUAAUGUAUUUUUUAUGUUAUAAAACUUUUAACAAUCACAUGCUUAUUUUAAUAAAAUAUAUUCUUUUAAUAUUGGGAAUGAAUUACUAAUUGCCCUAUACCUACUUGCAAAAGCAUCAUCAUACAAUUUUGAGUAAUGUAUUGUAUUUCGUAUUUAGGUUGAAAUUAUAACUUGACGUUCCAUUUUUUUUUCAAAUUUGCGUAAGUUUAAGCUAUACGUAGUUUAUAUAAAUUAAAUGGUAAGUAUUA